AUGGUGCUGCCCCCCUGCCCCAUGGCGGAGUUCGCGCUGCCGCGGCACAGCGCGGUCAUGGAGCGCCUCCGCCGGCGGAUCGAGCUCUGCCGGCGCCACCACAGCACCUGCGAGGCCCGCUACGAGGCCGUCUCACCUGAGCGCCUGGAGCUCGAGCGACAGCACACCUUCGCCCUGCACCAGCGCUGCAUCCAGGCCAAGGCCAAGCGCGCCGGCAAGCACCGGCAGUCGUCCGCCCCGGCCCCGCGCCUGGACGCCGCCGACGGUCCCGAGCACGGCCGCCCCGUCGCGCAUCUCCAUGAUGCGGUGAAGAGGAAUCUUGAUAGUGCUACCUCCCCUCAGAAUGGCGAUCAGCAGAAUGGCUACGGAGAUCUCUUUCCUGGACAUAAGAAGACACGCCGGGAAGCCCCUCUGGGUGUGGCUGUCUCUGCCAAUGGCCUGCCUCCCGCCUCCCCUCGGGGGCAGCCUGACCACAAACCUGGUGGAGAUGGCCUCCAGCCCAGUGGAAAGCACUCACUGGCCCUGGACUCUGUCAACAAAAAGUGUCUGGCUGACUCGAGCCUCCACUUGAAUGGCAGCAGUAACCCCAGUGAGUCCUUCGCCAUGAGCUUGAACAAAGAGCUGAAGCAGGAGCCUGUCGACGACCUGCCCUGCAUGAUUGCUGGGGCAGGGGGUUCCAUAUCACAGAGCAACCUCAUGCCUGACCUGAACCUGAACGAGCAGGAGUGGAAGGAGCUCAUCGAGGAACUGAACCGGUCAGUGCCUGAUGAAGACAUGAAGGAUCUCUUCAAUGAGGACUUUGAGGAGAAAAAGGACCCGGAGUCUUCCGGUUCUAACACACAGACUCCCUUGGCACAGGACAUUAAUAUUAAGACAGAAUUCUCCCCAGCAGCCUUUGAGCAAGAACAGUUAGGCUCUCCUCAAGUGAGAGCUGGGUCUGCAGGACAGACCUUCAUGGGGCCUUCAGCUGCCCCUGUGAGCACAGCUUCCCCCAGCCUCGGGUCCUCUCAGACCAUGUUCCACACUUCUGGUCAGCCGGGGGUGGAAAAUCCUAGCGCAAACCUGAUGCCGGCAUCAGCUCAGACCCAGAAUGCACAGAGAGCCCUCCCUGGUGUGGUGCUGCCCAGCCAGGGCACAGGAGGGGGUGCAGAGCUGUCCUCUGCCCACCAGCUUCAACAGAUUGCUGCCAAGCAGAAGCGGGAACAAAUGCUCCAGAACCCACAGCAGGUCCCCUCAGCCCCAACUGCAGGCCAGAUGUCCACAUGGCAGCAGACGGGGCCCUCCCACAGUCCCUUACAUGUUCCUUAUUCCAUGGAGAAGCCUGCCAGCCCUCCCAGCUACCAGCAAGACUUCAGUAACUCCAAACUGCUCAUGAUGACCAAUGUGAACAAGAGCUCUCCUCGGCCCGGAGGUCCCUACCUCCAGCCUGGCCACGUAAACAUGCUGAGUCACCAGCCACCAAGUAACUUGAAUCAGAACUCCGUGAAUGCACAAGGACCCAUGCUGGACUAUGGCAACACCAAGCCCCUGUCUCACUUCAAAGUGGACUGUGGGCAAGGAAACCCUGGGCCUGGCCAAAACAAGGCAGCUAUGCUGUCUUAUCUACCGCAGCAGCUGCCUCACCUGAACAGCGAGCAGAACUCCUUGUAUCUUAUGAAACCAAAGCCAGGAAGCAUGCCUUUCCGGUCCCUGGUUCCACCUAGCCAGGAACAGAACCCUGCCAGUGUUCCUCAUGUGUCCACAUCCAUGCCGACGCAGGCCACUACUGUGGGGAGCCAGACGCCGGCCGUGUCUAUAAGCAGCACUCACAGCAACGCGCCCUAUCUCAACAACCAGCAGGCAGCAGUCAUGAAGCAGCACCAGAUGCUUUUGGACCAACAGAAACAGAGGGAACAGCAACAGAAGCACUUGCAGCAGCAGCAGCAGUUCUUACAAAGGCAACAGCAACUUCUGGCGGAACAGGAGAAGCAGCAGUUCCAGCGCCAUCUGACUCGCCCGCCACCCCAGUACCAAGAUCCGACACAAAACACCUACCAACAACAGGUUGGACAAUUCACAGGUUCAUCUGCUUCUGUGCCCGGCAUGAAUAACUUGGGUCCAUCUAACUCCAGCUGUCCUCGAACGUUCUCUCAGACUGGGACGCUCCUGCCAAUGGGCCCUGGACACGGUUCGGUUUCUUCUCUGCCCUCCAGCUCGAGCCAGCAGGAUCGGGGUAUGGCUCAGUUUGCUGGCUCCCAGAGUGGCCUCUAUGGGAUGACAUCAGGCAUAGCACAGAUGGUUGCCCAGGCUCCCCAACAGCCCACCAGUGGACACGCCCAUAUUCCACGGCAGGCCACUGUGGGCCAGAACACCUCCAUCUCGGCUGCCUAUGGGCAGAACUCUCUAGGGACCUCUGGCCUCUCCCAGCAGCACAGUAAAGGGACCCUGAACUCAGCUUUAACCAAGGCACAGGUCCCAAGGGUUUCAGCAGCCAUGGGAGGACAGACUCCCUCGUGGCAGCAUCAGGGAAUGCAAAACCUGAGUGGCCAGACCCAGGGGAGUCCCAGUGUGAGCCCCUUCACCGCAGCCUCCAGUUUCCGCAUGCAGCAAGCCCACCUGAAAAUGCCCAACCCACAAUUCUCCCAGGUGAUGCCCAGCAGACCCAUGGCACCCAUGAGCUCGGCACCUACGGCAGGGGCCAUGUUGCCCUCCCUGAACACACAGCAGAGGACCAGUGCGCCUGCGCCACCACCUCCACAGGGACCCCCAUCACAGGUCCUCCCAGGACUGAGCCCAGCUGUGCCUGAGAUGGGGUCCUUCAGCCAGAGCCCAGCCCCACAGAUGGGGGCCCGGGCAGGGCUGCACUGUGCCCAGGGCUAUGCGAUGCGGACUGCUGGCCAGGAGCUGUCCUUUGCCUAUGGCGGGCAGCCAGGCAGCGGUGGUCUGCCCAGCAUGCCUGGGGACGCCGACCUGAUAGACUCCCUGCUGAAAAAUAGGACUUCAGAAGAAUGGAUUGAUGAUUUGGACGACCUUCUAGGGUCACAGUAAUGAGUGGGUUUUAAGGUAUUCUGUGUAUUCAUAAAAGCCUAUAUUUUUGUUCUCAGAUUCAAGAAAGAACAAACUGCUUUGGACCAAAAGCCCAUGGCACAGAGUGAGGGGGGUGGGGCCAGAGCCCAGUCUGAGGGCCCUCUCUGGGGGCGGGCUCUUUGGUCACAUGGCCCCAGGCCAGCAGUUGUGGCCAGUCGGGCUGGCCCCAGCCCAUCUGCUGGCUUCAUGAUCUGGUGUUGGGACAGCAGGAAAGUAUCUAAAGAGGGUUUUCCAUCCAGAUGACCCCAGAUACAGCAGAAACCACACUGAACUCCACAGUGACAGGCUUCCAGGACAUCUGUGCCAUCACGUUCACAUCACCCAAGGUUUCUCCGCUUGCCCAGUUUGGGGACAAGUUUUUGUUGAAACUUGAUACAGCAGAGUUGUGUGCAGCGGGUAGCAUAGGAAAGAUUGUUUUUUAAACAUAUAGGAUAGGUGGUGGUUUAAAUUAAUUAAGGGCAUUGAACACCUACGGUUUUCUUCUACUUUGUCAGCUUUCUGGGUGAGGCUGUAAGUGCAGGCUGUCCUACAGAGGCCAGGCCGGAGCAGUGUUUCGAGAGACACCCAGAUCUGGUCUCCAGUGUCCCCGCCUGCCCACAGCAGGGAACUUCUUCCUGGUGACAUUUGGGAAGCCCUUACUUCAGAGCAGCCCCUCCUUUGCCCCACCCUUGGUCAAAGGACUCCAGACAAUCCCCUUAAGCAAAGGAGCACUUCUUCCAGGGUAACUGGUAAAAUUGGCUACAUAGGAUUCCUGUGUCCUUACGUGUCCCAGCUCUCCCGCCUCCUUGAGUUUCUGGGGAAACUGGUUUUCAGCCUGUUAGAGACGUGGUCUUUGUGUCAUGGGGCACAGAUGUCUUCCCAUCACCCGGCCUUCAUUCCCAUGACCUCCUGGCCCCUUCUUCCUCUCUCCAGCCAAAAUGAAAAACUACUUUAGGGCAAUGAUUUACUAGAUUGGAGGGGAAAGAAGGGUCGUUAGAAUUCCUUAGGGAACCCAAGCAUUGUGAUGAAGUGGGAUGCUCCUCCCCAGAAAGUAAAGGCUUUUGGGAACUCAGAAAGCAGGAAUGUCCUGAUUGAUAGGAGGCCUGGGUGGUGGGCCCAGAGGAGGAAUUCCACUGCUUUAUGACUCUUUUCUGCCCCUCCCCAUGUCAGAUGACUUGCACUUUUUAAGAGAGAAUUGCUUUAUAACACUAACAUAUCCUUUCUAAAAAUUCCAGUGGAUUUUUUUCUUUUAAGGUCUGUGGAUGAAUGAAUUUGACUAAGCUGAGAUUCCGAAAAGUAGAGUAUUUCAUGAUGGGCUGUUUGUGGGAAACAAAGAUGGAGUGAGCACUUCCAUAUGAUGAAAGCAAAAUGGUAAGCACAGGGUGAGACCCUCUGAAACAGAAUAUUGGAGAGAAAAUAACACACUGAAAAGAGUGGUGUGUGUACAGAGCGGUCUGUGGGGAAAACUCGGCCCCAGUUCCUGUCCUGGAAAUCUCAGCAGACCAGAUGUGGAAACGGAGCCGAGGACAGUACCCCGUGAAAACCCUGAGUUGCGUUACAGGGUGGGGUGGGGACUGCACACACUUCAGUAAUUAUUUUGCACCAGCGUGCCUUUUUCAGUGAGGGUAUGCGGACCCUCCGACCCUCUUCUUCUCUAAUAGCCAUUUGCCACCCUGGGUGGUGUGUGGGCCAUUUCCCUGGUAAACACCCUGCCAGUCUUCCCUGGGUGCUGAAGUUAGCUCUCAAAGAAGGGAUGAGUCAGAAAGCCAGUAAUACUCCACCCUCAGAGUGAGUUCCCCGAUCUAAGGCGAAAGGGUGGCUUCAGUGUGUCUUCUACCAAAAAUAGCCAGGCCUCUGGCCGGUUCCAGAUCCUGUUCCUCUCUGGGCCUCCCUCUGGCUGCUGCCCACCUCUGACCCUGGGAGGCUGCAGGAGAGGGCAUGACCCCAUUUGCCCCACGUGGGGGGAGGGCUUGAGCAUGUCUCUUUCGCUGCAGUGUCAUAGCAAUAAAAUGUGAUUCUUGGGAGGGGGGGAGACGUCUCCCCCACCCCCAGGGAGCUGCCCAUGGCUUUAUUUAUGAGGCUGGUUUCUGGUUAGUUGGAAGAGCAACCAUGCAGCUCCUCACUCCCCAGAGCCAGGGCUCACAUGAAAAGGGUGCUCGAACUUUGGUUAUACACAUUUGCUUUGUGUAAAUAAAUGUUUACAGUUUUAUAUUAAAGAUGGAAUAAGAGUUAGAUCUGACUGUAUAUUUUUUACUUUUAUAGAUUUUAAAACUAUGAUCCUUUAUAUAUGUUUUUGGGGCGCUACAAUAAGUUUUAUGGCAACAGUUGGUAUUGUUAACUUUUUAUUGUCUUCAAAGUACAUAAAAAUCCUAUUAACCCCAAUAUUCUUCUACUUCCCUUUAACUCUGGUAUACACCAAAAAGAAAUCUUUACUUUCCUUGUUUUAUCAUUAUAAAAAUAAUAAAAGUAUUUUGCUAGUAUUGAAA